AUGGAUGCUCAUCUAAUUCCAGCUGGGUCAGAUCCCAUGUUAUUGCCAGGGACCAGCAGGGGGCCAAGGCCAGUGACAGUUGGUUGGCAUCAAUUCCUAACUAACUCCAGUUGGCUAGGAUGGAUCACAAACUCCAGGCUAUUUACAGUGGUUCAGAAGGCAUUCCAGUGGGAUGGUAUUGGGCUGGUAUAUGUUCUGGCCAAAUCCAUGGGCCAGCACAGGUCCAGUGCUGGUGGCAGUUGUUUGGCAUCAAUUCUGAACCAACUCCAGUUGGCCAGGAUGGAUGACACCCUCUGGGCUAUUUACAGUGGUUUAGAAGGCACUCCAGUGGGAUUCUAUUGUGCUGGUAUAUGUUCUGGCAAAGUCCAGUCAGCCAGGUCAAAUUCCCAGUUGAUGACCAUAACCCAGGACACAUACUGGCCUUAUGAUAAGGGACCAGGACAGAAGCCCAGCCUAUGGUAG